AUGGAAUACUUCAACUUCGAGGACGCUUCCCAUGCCAUUACGGCAUUGGAUCUGGACGACUGCUCCUCGCUUAUGGGGGAGGCCAACGAGGCGGAUGCUACAGAUUGCUACGAGUCACUCUUCUUCGACAAGUCCAAUCCCCUACCGGCACAGCAGCCAUCGUCGUCGGCUCCAAAGAUCGUCAAACUAAAAUUAAUCAACAAUGUGGAAAUCGAGGCCAUUCCGCAUACCACCGAUGGUACCAAUGACUUCGUCCCCAUGUUUCGUGCUAAAGAGUCGUGCGAACUGUGUGCGAGAAUGGGAUUGGACUGCUUCUUGGCCACGAGAGGAUCGCUAGUUGCCGGGUGUACGUGCUGUAUCUCCCUGUAUCGGGAAUGCAGCUUUGUCCAUCCCAAGAUCCCUAAAGGGUUCGUCAGCACUUUCCCGGGCAUUACAGAAGAUCAACAAGUCUGCGAGGGCAGCCUGUCUGAACGUAGGAAGGCCAUGAAAUCUAUGGAGGAAGGACGGGGCCGCAAGACAGGGGCACGAUUUCCAAGGGAUGCAGUCAAGAUCUUGAAGCAGUGGCUCGCGGAACAUGCGGACCACCCAUACCCCAAUGAAAGGGAAAAAGACGAACUCAAACAAGUCACGGGCCUGAAGAGAAGCCAGAUCUCGAAUUGGCUGGCCAAUGCCCGGAGAAGGGGCAAGGUCCGACCUGCUUCGGGACCGUCGUCGCCGAUGCUAGGAGCCAUCGACAUCCCUCCAAGGCCUGACAACCCUGAUAUCGCGGACCUGAACCCUCUGGACAGAUGGAAGGCCUCGCCGCCGGAACACGAACCUGCUUCCAUGACUGCCAUCGCCAGAGCCGUCACGUCGACGCCCCUCCCGCAAAGGAACUCUUCUCAGUCCAGCCUUCACGGGUCCAGGGCGAGUUCGAAGCAGGCUUCCAGCGAAGAUGAUUCCUCCUUCUCCAUGUUCCGAGCCCCAUCCGUGAGCAGUUUCGGAACUCGAGAGUCGAGCAACAGCGACCUCACCUUUGCAUCUUCACGCUCCAACAGAUCGAAAGGAUCAUUCGCCUCAUCACAAGAUCGACGCAGGCGCAGGAGAGCUCCCAUGACCCAGAGGGCAGUUACACAACAGUCCAAGUCCAAAAGUGCCAGGAUCUUCCAGUGCACCUUCUGCACCGAUUCCUUCCCUGCAAAGUAUGACUGGCAGCGUCAUGAGAAAUCAUUGCAUUUGGCAUUGGAACGCUGGACAUGCUGUCCCAAUGGCGGAACCAUGAUCGAUGCCCUGACAGGCGUGGAGAUAUGUGCCUUUUGUCGCGAGGCAAACCCCACCGCCGACCAUUUAGAAACGCACAACUUCACGGCGUGUCAAGAAAAGACGGUGCAAGAACGCACUUUCUAUAGGAAAGAUCAUCUGAGCCAGCAUCUCAAACUGAUGCACAAUGCAAAGCUGCAGUCGCAUAUGGAUACGUGGAAAUCGACCACCAACGAGAUCAAAUCAUCGUGCGGCUUUUGCCCGUCCAAGUUCACCACUUGGCAGCAGCGCGCCGACCAUCUCGCUGCCCAUUUCCGCAACGGCGCAGACAUGAGCAUGUGGUCCAAUGGUUGGGGGUUCGAACCUUACGUCGAAAGACUGGUCGAGAACGCCUUGCCUCCGUACCUUAUCGGCCACGAGAGGAUGACCAUGGAACCAUACGUUGCCAGAGCGCAGGCCACACCGUCCUCCAACACGGACGCAGGCUUGACCAACGGCACGUCCGCUGCCGAUGGCUCCGAGCCUGAGCAGAUCGUCAAAGAUUCCAAUUGCUGGGGUCGUCUCGAGCAGGAACUGACCAAGUAUGUAUCGCAGCAGAGGGCUGCAGGCAAGAUCCCGACCGACUCGGAACUCCAGGAUCGCGCCCGCAUCAUUAUUUUCGAAGACAACGAUCCUUGGAACUGGACCGUUGCCGACAACAAGCAGUGGCUCGACACUUUCAAGUAUCAGCGUGGGCUGACUGAUGCCCCUGAAGCCACGAGCGUGCCUUCACUGGCCGAGGUGCCGGUCAUGGCCCCCUAUGUCAUCCCGGGCGGCUUGAAGUCCAAAUCUCCCAGCGCAUGUCCAGGAGGCAAAGGCACUCCAAGACCGAGUUCACUGCGGAGUCUGUCCUCCCCAGACUCUCAUCCUUACGGGGUUACGGGAGUCGGCCCGCAUAGCGGCAGUGCUCUCACCUCUGCCACAGCGGCGAACUUUGAUCCACAGAUGGACUUUGACUUUGACAGCAUCGACUUCAGCGGUCUUGAUCUUGGCAUAAUGGACGACAUGGACUUCGAUGUUGGGUUGCACGGUCAUCUGGAGAACCCAGUUGGCUCCACGGGAAUGCAUGCGUCAAGCACGACGGCCGUCGCUCCCAACACCACAGUACCAUUCUCGACGAGCGUCCCAGGACAUGCAAUUUUUGGAUCAUAUACCUUCGGCUCCACGAUGGGGCAAGGGACAGACAUACCAGUACAACAACCAUACGCGCAGCAGCAGCCUGCUCAACCACAAGAGUUUAUGACAACACAAGAAUUGAACAAUUUGGCAGGGACAGGUUAUAUGGGAACAACUGGGUUUCACUGA